GCCGCCGCCGCCGCCUAGUGGGUGCCGGGCCAUGGCCGGGCCGCCCCGGGCGCCGCGCCUCCCUAGGCUGCACGGAGAGGUAUUUGAGCACCAACUACAUGCCAGGCCCUGGAAUUCAGGCAAAAAUACCCUGCCCUUGUAGAGUAGGCAAAGAUGACCCAGAUGUGGAAACAGAGGCCCAGAGAAGCUUAAAUCUUGCCCGGGGUCACACAACCUGGACACUACACAGAGCUGACAUUUGAACCCAGAGAAGAGCAAGCCGACAGCAGACUGGGCAGAGGGCAGGGAGGCAAGCAGUGGCCUGAGAGGCCCCGGCGGCGCGGCCAUGAAGCUGAACGAGCGCAGCCUGGCCUUCUACGCCACCUGCGACACCCCAGUGGACAACUCGGGCUUCCUGUACAAGAAAGGCGGCCGGCACGCGGCCUACCACCGCCGCUGGUUCGUGCUGCGCGGCAACAUGCUCUUCUACUUCGAGGACCGGGCCAGCCGCGAGCCUGUGGGCGUCAUCAUCCUGGAGGGCUGCACGGUGGAGCUGGUCGAGGCCGCCGAGGAGUUCGCCUUCGCCGUGCGCUUCGCGGGGGCCCGGGCGCGCACCUACGUGCUGGCCGCCGAGAACCAGGCUGCCAUGGAGGGCUGGGUGAAGGCGCUGUCGCGGGCCAGCUUCGACUACCUGCGGCUCGUGGUGCGCGAGCUGGAGCAGCAGCUGGCGGCCGUGCGGGCCGGGGACUGUGCGCCGCCGCCGCGCCGGGCCCCCGCGCUCGCGCCCAAGGAGAACGGCUGCGCCUGCGCCGUGUGGAGCGCGGAGCCCCCCGCGCCCGGCCCCGCCCCCGGCCCCGCCCCCGGCCCCGCGCCCGGCCCCGCCCCCGGCCCCGGCCCCGCGGGCGCUGCCUCCCGCCCCAGGCCCGGCCCCCCGCCGCCCCUGCCCCCCCGGCGGCGGGUCUCGGAACCGAACGGGCCUCUGCACGCCGCCUCCUUUGUCCGGCUCCACCAGCAGUACGGGCAGGAGGUGAGGGCGCUCAGGAGCCGGUGGCUCAGGAGCCGGGCCCAGCCCUGAGGUCCCCGCGGGCGGAGAGCUCCUGCUUUUGGACGGACCUCAGCCCCAGGCCUCGUGCUGACAGGCCCUGCCCUGGGAGGCCAGGGGGGCCCGGUCCUGAGGAACCCUGCUCAAGGGACGAUGCCGGGUGCCGAGGGGUGCUUCAGGACUGUGGGAUCCGCAGGGGGCCGCAUGCCUGAUCCUAAGGAGCACCCAGGGGCUCCGUUUGCCCGAGGCCUGGUGUCCAGGGCACUCCCGCCCCAGGCCCCGCCAGAGUCACCUGGCAAAGGCCUGUUGCUGGUAAUAGGCCCUGCUGGGGUGACCGGGACCUCGUGAGACUCUGUGACCUAAAAGGCAGUGCUGGGGGAGCCCCGGUCCUGGCGGCCUGGACUGGACCUGGACCUGGUCAGAGAGAAGCCUUGGCCCUGUCACACCACACCCGGGUUUGACCUCCUUUUGCUCCAGGGCCUGGCUCCAGGUGUCCUGCCUGGCGCCAGAAGCAGGUGCAGAAAGUGGCACGGGCGCAGAUUUUAAUGCCUGACCGGUGUGGUGAGAUUGCCUGGGCUCUUGGCUUGGAGUGGGGCUGAGGCAGGACUUUGCCCUGGGCCUCAGCCAGGCCUUGAGGCGGUGCAGCAGUGGCCCUCCAGUUUGGGCCAUGUCUUUGUCCCUUUGGGGGUUCUCACGUGCCCUCCUGACACUCUCUAACCGCCACAUAUUUAGCCUCCUCCUCCUGGAGCAGGUCUUCUGCCCCAGCCUAGGGUGGAGCCUCUCAGGAGCCGGCCUGAUCUUGUCCAGUCCUGAGCUGGGCAGCCGUGGCCUGAGCUGACUUUCCAGCAGGCUCCCCAGGGAUGGGUGGCCGUGAGCGACUCACCACCCAGAAAGGGUCUGGGUGCUGAUCUGGUACUACAGAGAAACAGCUGCCAAGCUGUGUGUUUGGCUUCUGGAACCCUCUCACUCUGUCACUGUCUCAGCCCACCUCUGCUCCUGAUGCUCUGAUGGGGAGACCAGGUCUUAUUUUGCUUCGAGAUCGCCUGCUGUUUUACUGUACUUACCACAGUGGCCAUUCUUCAUCCAGGGAGAAUCUCGGGGGUGGGGCUGGGGCACCCCUGGCCCACAAGCUGGGUUAUGUUUACAGUCCUCAGUGCCCCACACUGGGGAUCACCUGAGGACACGUACGCCCCAAACUGUAUUUCCCCAGAGGGUCCCUCUCGGUGACAGUCAGACUUGGCCCUGAGGCCCCUUCCUGCUGUUUUUGGAGGCCCUGGAGCUUGGGGAAGAAUGGGGGGUGUCUGUGUCUACAAUCACCAGCUCACUGCUGGCUCAGUUGACUGGGGCUUCAGUUUUAAUUUAAUUUUUAAUACUUAGGGUAUUUUAUCCCCGCUAGCAACAGAGCUUGGUGUUUUCACUGCUUUUGUUUCUUGUUAGCUGGUGGGAGGGCUUGGCUGAAGGUUUUGGGGGCAGUUGGAACUGCCCCCAAGGAGAAGGCCAGGAGCCAAAGGCACCUCAAGAAUCUCACCUGGUUCUCCACCUUCUCCCCAGCAAGUCCUAUUCUCCUGACAGGUGCCUCUGGGAGUCUUUGUACGCUUCCCAUCCCCCUCCUUUCCAGGUCCUCAGUGGAGGGGGUGGGGAUGGCUGCUCUUGUCCAUAGGCUCCGGGUCUCCAGGGAGGUUAGGAGCUGCCCAGAGCCCAUCUCCUGGCCAGACCCAGCUGGUGGGAUGAGGGUUUGGCCCCUAUUCUGGUGCAGGUUUACAAGCUCUAUAAAGGUACAGUGCCUACUCCUGGCCCCCCUUCUCCACCCACCCCCCCGAUAAAAAGCACAAGAUGGGGUCAGGCUGCCUCCAGAGUUGGGUGGGGACAGAGACAUCAGGCAGCCUGGGAGGGAAAUAUAAAGGUGAAAAUAAAAGAUUUAUCAAGUUA